AUGUCUGCCCCUCUUGGCUUCAUCCCCAGAAAGGCAAUGCCUUUCGAUGAGAAGCUAUUCGAAAUCAUCGGCGCCAAGGAGACACUCACCAUCGCCAAACAUGUGAUAACUCUUCUUCCUGCUCCUGUGUUCCCUCCAGACUCAGUCAUCCACGACUCUGCAUGCGGCUUGGAGCCAGUAACGGAAAGUAUUCUGGCUUUGUCACCACCUGAUACCAUCAAGAUCGUUGCUACAGAUCUUGCCCCGCCCAUGGCCGCCAUCUACAACAAUCUCGCCGAAGCCAAGAACUGGCCUUCGAGAGCCGAGGUCAUGGAUGCUCAGAAUCUGUCGUUUCCGGAUGCCACUUUCUCACACGCCUUCCUAUCCUUCGGCCUGCCCAUCAUCGACGAUCCGGUCGCCGCGGCCAAGGAGCUCUAUCGUACGCUCAGGCCAGGAGGCACCGCUGUGACUGCUUUUUGGCUUCACGUUCCUCAAGGGGAAUGUGCCCAGAAGACUCGUCGGGCGAUCUGGGGCCCCGGUGCUCAGCUUAAUAUCGAACCCCAUCCGGAGCAUAGCGAUCGAGAGUAUAUAAGAAGCCUCCUGGUGAAGGGAGGAUUCAAAUUCGAGGAUGUACAGCUGCACGAGAAGUCAGCCAUGCUCCCGGUCCAAGACCUCGAUGAAUUUGCCCGUGCGAUCUGGAGCUCUGUCGGCCAGCCUAAAGGCGGGUGGACCGAGGAAGAUGAUGAGAAGUGGGAUAUGGCGGUGGCCAAGUAUAAGGAGCUCCUGGCUAGCGAGCCUGGAUACAAAGUGGAAGGGGGCAAGAUCACUCUCAAGGCUACCGCUCAGAUUGCCAUUGUGCGCAAGGCUGGUUGA